GGAAGCCUUUCACCUUUCAUUCGAGUGAUGGUUCUUGCCUCUCACCUCGCCUUCCCCCUCCCCAGCAUCACAAGAACUAUCACAGUCGUAGACAUUCGCGAUGCGGCUCACCUUCUUGACAUAGACAGCUGUUCUUCCCAUCCUUACCCGUCUCGCCGCCGCCCAACUUCACUGCAUGCCACCCUAGCCGGUCUCAAGUACUUCGGGAGCCGCAACCGACACCACCAGCCAGCAUAUCAGGGGGAUCAUGGACCAUUACAAUCGUAAAUGCUACGCCUGAGAACGUGGUCCACGACGCCGCUGAAUGGCGAGGGUGCCGGCUAUAGACAGAAUAUCUUCUACAAGGUUUCGAGGGAGGAGUACCUCCGUCUUGCGUUUGCAACAGCCGUCGAAAUCAACCAAAGUGUGAAGCUUUAUUAUUAUGAUGAAAACGCUAUCAAGAGGUUCGCGUCCGUUAAGAAAAAGAGCGCGAGUAGGUUGAUCAAUAUGCUCCGUGAUGCCGGCCUGCGUGUUGACGGCCGAAGGACUCUAGAGGAGAUAAUGGGGGGUACAUGCAAGCGGGAGUGGCAGAAGGUGGCGUUUACGGAGCUGGAUGUGAGGAAGACCAUUUUGGUGAAUGAGACGAGUCGAGAGUGGCAAAAGGAUGGAUAUCAAAAGGUGGCGAAGGCGUGUGUGAAGGUCAAGGAGUGCGCGGGGAUCACGCUUUAG